ACGCGCGUCGGGAGCGCACAGAGGGCGCACCGGUGUCAGUUUGCUCCAGCCCUCCUCUGCAGCGGUCGCUUGUUGCUGUUGUCUCGGAGCAGGGAUUUUUCUUAUCAUUAUUAUUUGGGGGAGUGGAAAUUCCGCCGUUUCUGCCUCCUCACAGCCAGGCUGCGUGUGUUCCUGACAGUUCAGCUGCGAGCAGACACGCAGAGAGACAAGCUGGACUCGUACCACACGGAGUCCACACCAGGAGAGCUCCGGGGUAUUUUUCGGCUGAACACUGAUUUUUGUGGCGUUAUUUUUUUUUAUUUAUUCCUCCUUUUGGAAGUAUGUGAAUCAUUCCUGCCGGGUGUCAGAUCGGGAGCGCAGCGGUGCCACUUUUUGCCACUGGAUUUUGUUUUUUGCUUCUUGAUUUUUUUAUUUUUUUUUUUGCGUUUGGAUUAUUUUCUUCCAGGAGAUGCCAAGUUGUUGCCUGUGAAACGCAGGAUGCUGGGGACUCUACAACCACCAGAUCCCUUACUCUGAGAGAAUAUCCGUUAUUUCUGAGUCUCCCCUCUUCUUCUUUGGUCUUGUUUUUGGUUGGUUUAUGUUGUUAUCGAUGUGGUGCCAUAAUCUAAGGAUGCGCUGUGGAUUUCUAUUGUUCCUUUUCACCCAAAUAAUCUCGGUGUCUCCGCUCACUUACAUUGAUAGAUGCGGCGGAGAGAUCACCAUCCACUCGGCGAACUACCUGACCUCCCCGGGUUACCCCGGCGCCUACCCGCCCUCCCAGCUCUGCGUGUGGGUCAUAACGGCACCGGAGCCCGGCCAAAAAAUCCUCAUCAACUUCAACCCGCAUUUUGACCUGGAGGACCGAGACUGCAAGUAUGACUAUCUGGAAGUCUAUAACGGCGGCGCAGACGAGUCUUCGUCCAUGGUGGGGAAGUUUUGCGGGAAAAUCGCGCCGUCGCCGAUCAUCUCCAGCGGCGACCAGCUCCUCAUCAAGUUCGUCUCCGACUAUGAAACCCACGGAGCGGGAUUCUCAGUUCGAUACGAGGUCUUCAAGACAGGUCCAGAAUGCUCCAGGAACUUCACGGCUCCCAGCGGCGUCAUCGAGACGCCGGGUUUUCCCGAGAAAUACCCCAACAACCUGGAGUGCACCUUCAUGAUAUUUGCCCCCAAGAUGGCGGAGAUCACGGUGGAGUUCUACAGCUUCAACAUGGAGCCCGACACCACGCCGCCGGCCGGCGCCGUCUGCCGCUACGACUGGCUGGAGGUUUGGGACGGCUUCCCCGCCGUGGGUCCUCACAUCGGCAGGUACUGCGGCCACAAGUCGCCGGGUCGGAUCAUCUCCCACACGGGCAUCCUGUCCAUGACCAUCACCACCGACAGCGCCAUCGCCAAGGAGGGCUUCACGGCCAACUACACCAUCCGAGAGAGGGAGCCUCCCGCUGGACACCAGGACGACGAUUUUGCCUGCAUGGAGCCGCUGGGCAUGGAGUCCGGGGAAAUCCCCUCAGACCUGAUCAGGGCGUCCUCCCAGUAUAACUCCAACUGGUCCCCUGAACGCUCCCGGCUCAACUACCAGGAGAACGGCUGGACGCCGUCAGACGACACCAUCAAGGAAUGGAUUCAGGUCGACCUGGGGUUCCUCAGAUACGUCACCAGCAUCGGGACCCAGGGAGCCAUUUCAAUAGAGACCCAGAGGCAUUACUUCGUCCGCUCCUACAAAGUGGACCUGAGCACCAACGGAGAGGACUGGAUCACAGUGAAGGAGGGCUCAAAGCAGAAGAUCUUUCUGGGGAACCACAAUCCAACAGACGAAGUCCGUGCCUUCUUCCCCAAACCGAUUCUGACCCGAUUCGUUCGUAUCCGCCCGCUUACCUGGGAGCAAGGCAUCUGCAUGCGCUUUGAGGUCUACGGCUGCAGACUGUCAGACUACCCGUGCUCGUCGAUGUUAGGCAUGGUGUCGGGCCUGAUCUCUGACCCUCAGAUCAACGCUUCGUCCUUCGCCGACCGGGGCUGGGUGGCCGAGAACGUCCGGUUGUUGACGGGCAGGUCGGGAUGGACCGGGCAGCAGACCAAGCAGCCCUUCAAGAACGAGUGGCUGCAGGUGGAUCUGGGCCAGGACAAGAUACUGAGCGGUGUGGUGAUCCAGGGAGGAAAACACCACGACCGCAACGUUUACAUGAAGAGGUUCAAGGUCGGCCACAGCCUGGACGGUGAAAACUGGACCAUCGUUAAGGAGGAGAACACCACCAGGCCGAAGAUCUUCAUUGGGAACCAGAACCAUGAAACCCCGGAGAUGAGGUUACUCGGCCCGCUCCUGACCCGGUUCAUCCGGAUUUACCCAGAGAGAGCGACAGCAGAGGGCAUCGGCCUCCGACUGGAGCUGCUGGGCUGCGAACAGGAAGAGAAAACCACGACAGGGCCCCCCCCCACCACCGCGCCGUCCACCAUGCCGCCCAUGACCACGUUCGGCGCCACCACCGCAGCGCCGACCACGCUCCCCACCACCGUGUCGUGUCCGGAGUGCCUGGAAAGGGAGCAGGACUCCGACGAGGAAACGGAGAACACGCUGGUGUACGACGAACGCUUUGGAGUCGUCAUGACCCCCGACCCCAAGGUCGACUUUCCAGCUUACGUUUGGUUUGCCUGUAACUUCGACUUCUCGUCGUUAUGCGGUUGGACCAAGGACAGCGGCUCAGGAGCCGAGUGGUUCAUCCAGAGCAGCGAGGCUCUGGCUGUCCACAGAGGCCCCACGCUCGACCACACAGGCGGUUCAGGGAACUUCCUCUACAUGCAGCUGACGGACACAAUCACACCCAGUAAGCCCGGAGAGGAGCAGAGCGGGGAGGAGAAGGUGGCCCGGCUGGCCAGCUUAUCCAUCACCACGCCGGACGCCAGCCUCUGCAUGUCCUUCUGGUACCAGAUGGCCGGCGAGCGCGGAGGGGCGCUGCGCAUCAGCUAUCGCCACGACGACGAUGACGAGGGCCAGGUCCUGUGGACGAAGAGCGGCCAUCAGGGCAGCAGAUGGAGGGAAGGCCGUGUCUUACUUCCUCAAACAAGACUCUCGUAUCAGGUGUUGGUGGAGGGAAUCGCAGACAGACGCACCACAGGCCACAUAGCGGUGGACGACAUCCAAAUCAUGGACGGGCUCAACAUUCAGGACUGCAAGGAUCCAGAGGCUCCAACAUCUCCACCCACUAAAAUCUUAAUGCUACGUAAGUGAUGUGUACUUUACUUCCUGUAAUGUUUAUUUUGACACAUUUGUUAGUAAAAUUUAUAAAUUUUAACCAAGAACGUCUUUGCAGAGUCUCAGCAAACGUGCAUAUAUAUAAUAUUUUUACUUCUUAUGACCUUGUAUACGUUGCUUACUCAAUAUACGGGACUGGGGAAAGGUUUUGAGUCAUUUCUUUCCAUAUUUCUUCCGAUUAACCGGGUUUUCUUUCUUUGAUCAACAGUUCUCCAUGUUUUCUGUCAAAGUUUUAAGAUUUUCCUUUGGUGAUUCUAUUUAAUCAAUGAUUCUUCCAUCCAACUAGUCAUCCAUUUUCCCUCCGUCCAUCCAUCGAUUCAUCCAUUCAUCUAACUAUCCAUCCAGAACAACCAACCAAUCACCCAAGUCUUCCAUCCAUCCAUCCAUCCAUCCAUCCAUCCAUCCAUCCAUCCAUCCAUCCAUCCACCCAUCCAUCCAUCAAACCGUUAGUUGAUGCCACCAAUUUAUCCAGAUUUCCAUCCAACAAAAUAAUCAACCGUUCAAUGACUGGCCCAAAUGAUUGGUCCAUCCAUCCAACUAUCCGUUUGU